AUGGCCAGGCUCGCGGACUACUUCACAGUGGUGGGGUACGACCUCGACAAACGAGAGGGAGAGGGCCAGGGCCGGAUCCUGCAGAGGUUUCCAGAGAAGGACUGGGAGGACAGCCCCUUCCCCCAAGGCAUCGAGCUGUUCUGUCAGCCCAGUGGGUGGCAGCUGGUCCCAGAGCAACAGCCUGCCUCCUUCUUUGUGGCCGUUCUGACAGACAUCAACUCGGAGCGCAACUACUGCGCCUGCUUCACCUUCUGGGAGGCUGUGGACUUCCCACAGCUGCAGAAGUCCGAGGCAAGUGAUGAGGCUGAUGAGGUGUCCGUGUCACACACAGAACGAGUGUUUGGACCCAAGAGUCUGGUGCUGGUGUCACGACUAGACCACACUGAAGUCUUCAGAAACUGCCUGAGCCUGGUGUACACUGUUCAUGUGGAACAUCUCACGGUUCCUCUAGAGACUGUGGUGGGAAAUCUUCUCACAUGUGUGGUCCCCAUCGCCGGAGGAGCACAGCUGGGACUCGAGGAGGGAGAGGAAAGUUUGAGGACCAUCACACUGGGGGCCGGGGAUAGACAGGUGAUACAGACGCCCAUCACAGACUCUCUUCCUGUCAGCGGCAGCAGCGUGGCACAGCUUUUCAGACAGCUCGGGAUUGUGAAUGUGCUCUGCCUCUUCUGUGCCGCUCUCACCGAACACAAGAUCCUGUUUUUGUCGAGCAGUUACCAAAGACUGACAGACGCCUGCAGAGGACUAUUGGCCAUCAUGUUCCCUCUCAAAUACAGCUUCACAUACGUCCCCAUCCUUCCUGGUAAACUGCUGGAGGUCCUGAGCACGCCCACCCCCUUCAUCAUCGGAGUCAACUCUUUCUUCAAGUCCGAGACGCAGGAACUGUUGGACGUAAUCAUUGCUGACCUCGAUGGUGGGACAGUGACCAUCCCAGAGUGUGUCCACAUUUCUCCACUUCCUGAGCCACUGCUCCAGCAAACCCAAACUCUGCUGUCGAUGGUUUUGGACCCUGAGCUGGAAGUUGCUGACUACGCUUUUCCCCCGGUCUCCAAUCAACCCUCUUCACUGAGAAUACAGGACAAAGAGAUCCGUGCCGUGUUCUUGUGGCUGUUUGCACGUCUCUUUCAGGGGUACCGAUGGUGUUUACACAUAAUCCGCAUCCACCCGGAGCCCGUCAUUCGUUUCCAUAAGGCUGCCUUCUUGGGGAAGCGUGCGCUGUCAGAGGAUGACUUUCUGAUGAAGGUGCUGGAUGGAAUGGCCUUCGCUGGCUUUGUGUCAGAGAGAGGACCUCCCUACAGAACCACAGACCUGUUCGACGAUUUGAUGGCCAAUCAGGUAGAGAGGAUCUGUCAAGGAGAAGGCGACCAGCACCGGACAAUGAGCCACAUCAAGGAGCUGGCUGAACAACUCUUCAAGAAUGAGAACCCGUACCCGGCAGUGUCUAUGCACAAGCUGCAGCGGCCUUCUGAAAGUGCGCAUGCAGCUCAGAGCGCCCCCUUUCCCUUGCUGGAUGAUGUGGCAGUGCAGCUGUUCAUCGACCAUGCCGCUGCCAAACUCAAUACAGCGCCCCCUGUGGUGAAGGUGGAGGUCAAGGCCAUGGUGCCAUCCGGCCCAACGUUGGGUGAAACGGUGGACAGGAACGGUCAUGUUAUGGCCAACAGCGCUCGCCGCCUGGAGGUGGUCAGGAACUGCAUUACUUACAUCUUUGAGAACAAGAUGCUGGAGGCCAAGAAGCUAAUGCCGGCUGUCCUGCGGGCGCUGAAAGGCCGUGCGGCUCGGGUUUGCUUGACGCAGGAGCUGAACCAGCACGUGCUCCAGAACAGAGCCGUUCUAGACGACCAGCAGUUUGACUACAUUGUGAGAAUGAUGAACUGCACUCUCCAGGACUGCUCACACAUGGACGAACAUGGCAUCGCUGCUGCACUGCUACCAUUGGUCACAGCUUUCUGCAGAAAACUGGGCGCGGGCAUCACUCAAUUUGCCUACAGCUGUGUCCAGGAGCACUCAGUGUGGACAAACAUGCAGUUCUGGGAGGCCAUGUUCUACAGCGAUGUCCAAAGCCACAUCCGAGCACUUUACCUGGAGACAGCCGAGGAACAGCACAGCUAUGAUGAGGAGGAGGACAGUCGGCGGGAGCUCAGUGCUCUGGAGCUGGCCUCAGAACAGAGCCGCUUGUGGCCCACGCUCAACAAGGAACUACACAAGAACCGGCUUCUACGGAGCUCCGGGCUGGGGGAUGUGGAGAGUGUGAGCAACAGCUACGUCACAAACAGUAUUGCAGGCAGCAUGGCGGAGAGCUUUGAUACAGAGAGUGGCUUUGAGGACGCGGAGAGCUCAGACGUGGCCAACUCUGUAGUGAGAUUCAUAAACCGGUUUGUGGACAAAGUCUGUAAUGAGAGCGGAGUGACCAACGAGCACCUCAAGGCCCUUCACACCAAUGAUUCCAGGUACGUGAGGCCGCAGGUCCAGAGCUUGGUCCGGUGUGAUGUGCAGAUUGCGGUGCCUUCGGACUGA